GAAUCCCACCCUAUAGGUUUAUAAUCUCGAACCAAAUUGAAGCUAAACACGGAAUAGUAUUCAUUGGUCUCAGGCUCAACUGCGCUUCCCAAAUGGCUUCCGGUCUCCUUACGCUUUCGCGCACUUCUGCAGUCGGAAUUGGCCUGGGUCUCGGGCUGUCCUUCUCGCUCCUCCAUUCGUCUCCCUUUCGCACAGCACCCAUGAGAUGCGAAUAUGCAACUCCGAGUAUCGGCUCUACAGGGCCCGGCUGGACUGUGUCCAAUCAAGAUCCGUUAAGGAAGCAGGGCGCGGCUCGAGAAAGCGGUAUCAUGACUGCGUCGAACAUGCGACAGGUGAGCAUGGGAAGCGUCCUUGGCCUUGUUGUUGGAGUUGGAUUAAGGGCGUUCUCGCGGGUAUUCGUGGUCCUUUUCGGCAUGGGGAUUAUAUUGGUCGAGUGGGCUGCUUCCAAAGGAUACAACAUCUUGCCUACCCGCCAAUUGCAGAAAUAUGUGAAAUCCGUCAAUCUCGAGAAACUGAUUUCACGAAAUGUACCCUUCAAGGUUACUUUCGGCGCAACCAUGGCCCUGGCUGCUUUCGCGCAGUUUUAA